AUGUUCGUCAACGAGUACUGCACCGGCGUAAUAGAGGCCAAUGGAGCACCAAGGUGUCUACGCGUUGCCAUACUCUACCGCUCCAACAACCACCAGAGCACCAACAGCGCUGAAGUUACACAUAUCCAGCACAACACUCGUCGUCCUUGUUGCCCUCCUCCUUCAUACGAGUCUCUUCCUCCUCCGGCCUACGAUUCGCUUUCUCCUUCUCCUCCAGACUACGAAUCCAUUCCCCCUCCUCCUUACGAAUCUCUUCCUCCUCCUCCGCCUCCAUACAAGCGACUCCCCUGUUCCGACUCAUCCUCGACCCGUCCCACCCUGCCACCCAUCAGCGCCCUCCUCUCAUCCAUGGGCUCCGCGGCAUCCUAUUCUCCUCCUCCGCCAUACACCCGCCUGCCACUCACAACUACCACCGCCGCCGCCACCGCCGCGGCGCCGCGCUUCCCCAUCUUCCACACGCGCUACUACAGCGCCAGCGAUAGGCAAGACUCGAGUCAAGACCGCCACAAGCUCUACAUCCUGACGGGCGAGGACAACCCCCGCGCGCGCGGCAUCUACUUGCACAUCACCGGCACUCGUCGUCGCCGCAACCUUUGCUGCAGAGAGACACCCGGCGAUGUGCCGGAAAACACGCGUGGGCUGCGCGAGAGCACGCUGCUCGGGAGCGUUUCGGCCGAUGACCUUGACGAGCUAGUCAGCCUGUGCCGCCAGGGACACCUCGACCUGUUGGCCAAGAGCAGUACGUCACGGAAAAGAGGGCCGCUGCGUAGCAAGGGCAUGUCUUGCCGCUUUCUUCUCUACACGCUUGAGAUGCCACCUCCUCCGUACAGCAAGAACCGUGCUCUCGAGCCACUGGCCUCGGCUUCACCGUCGCAGGAAUGGGUGGCGGCCGUCAUUGCGCUGGUCUUUUCCAGUGGCCUUUUACAAAGGAUUUAA